GAGAAUAGCUGGGGAUGAGGUUAGGACGAGGUUAGCGUCAACUCUUGGAUAUACAAUCGGAGGAAAUUGAUAAAAUCGAGUUUUCGAAUUAUUUAUAACAAUUAUUGGUUCAUUAGAGUUCGGGGGGGCAAUUUUAUUAUUUAAGGCUUUAUUUUUUCUUCAGGAAUCCAUACCCCCAGGGGAUGAGGUGCCAGAAGUGUCUGGAGAUGGGACACUGGAGCUACGAGUGCAAGGGAAAACGAAAAUAUCUUCACAGAUCGUCUAGAACGUUCCAAUUAAAAAAGGCGUUGAAGGAUAUCGAAGCGGGAAAUUUAGAGCCUAAAAAAUCCGAAAAAACGCGUGUCAAAAAAUCAAAAAGGGUAAAAUCAGAAUCUUCGAGUAGUUCGAGUGAAUCUGAAUCGUCGAGCAGUGACAGUGACACCAGCAGUUCAAAUUCAAGUUCAGAAAGCGAUUCCAACUCGAGUUCGAGCAGUGACAGCUCCUCGAGCUCGUCGAGCAGCUCCAGCAGCUCAUCGAGCACCUCCUCAAGCAGUGACUCAGAGCCCUCGAAGAAACGACGAAAAAAACAGAAGCGCAGAUCUUAAUCCCAUUCGUCAUUUACACAUGCACCAUUUGUCAUUCACGUUACUGUUUGUAAAUACAACUCAAAGCAAUUUGUCGCAAAAUAAAUAUUUUCAUGUACAGAAUAAUAGAAGAUGAAUUCGUGAUCGAAACUAA